AUGCAUUUGCAUGGUGAUGUUGAAGAGAAGGGCAAAGUUCGUAUCACUGAUCAAUGGCCGUAUGAAGAAGUGUUUGUCACUAGACACAAGGUGGUAAAAGUGGACAUCAAGUAUCCACUUAUUGCAAAGGUUUGUUCUCCACCCACUUCCCUUGCCCUAUGCCACCCCAUUAGGUAUGGGAUGGAAUGGAAGAAGUGUUAUUUGGAUGUGAUAUUGGUGCCCUUAGGGUUUCUUAUGAGCUUUGGUUACCAUUUCUGGUUGUGGCACACUGUUCGAACUCAUCCACACACAACCAUCAUUGGCAUCAAUGCUAGUGGCCGACGCAAUUGGGUUGCUAGCAUGAUGAAGGACAAUGACAAGAAAAACAUCCUCGCUGUUCAAUCACUUAGGAACACAAUCAUGGGUGCGACCCUAAUGGCCACAACCUCUAUUCUCCUGUGCUCGGGUCUAGCAGCAAUCAUAAGCAGCACCUACAGUGUGAAAAAGCCACUAGAGGACACAGUUUAUGGGGGUCAUGGAGAGUUCAUGAUAUCACUCAAAUAUGUCACUUCGCUCUCCAUUUUCCUCUUCUCAUUCUUCUGCCACUCCUUGUCCAUAAGGUUCAUAAACCAAGUGAACAUCCUCAUCAACACCCCACAGGACCCCAUGUCUUUGGUGACACCUGAAUAUGUGAAUGAGAUAUUGGAGAAAGGUUUCCUUCUAAACACUGUUGGAAACAGGCUCUUCUAUGCAGCACUUCCUCUCCUGCUUUGGAUAUUUGGCCCUGUCUUGGUAUUCUUGUGCUCUCUCACUAUGGUUCCAGUGCUUUACAAUCUUGACUUUGUGGUUAGUGCCAAGGAAAAGAUGGACGAGAAUGAAAAUAGAGAUUUUGGUUUGCACGCUUCCAUUUUUCCCAAACCGAACCGCGCAACCUCCAAAUUCUUUCAUAAUUCGUUACUGCAGCGGAAUCCUACGGUGCUACCCGAUAAGGCUCAUCAGGAGAGAGAUGGCCGCAAAAAUCUGUGUAGGGUGAAUUUUGCGCGGCAUGCCAUGAAUUCGUUUGCAUCAUUUAUUGCCCGCAAGCUAUUAAGGCCCCCUUUUGAUAAUCAAUGUCUUCAUAGUAUUUUUAGGGGAAUGAGUAGAGUUGGUCGAAGACUUGGAUGGGAUAUGAGAAUCAAUCUUGGCAGUGUUAAAUAUACACCGUUGACAGCUGAUAGAAAUCUGGAUCCAAGACCCAGAGUGGACCAGGAUUCAUUGACCCAGUGGCUACUAAGGCUUGGCUAA